AUGGGGCGCCAUUCAGGACUCCGUAGCCUUUCGUUAUGUUUACUCGCGAGCACGGCGUCAGCCUCCGUAUUACUCACUCGGGAUCCCGUCCCGGAGGGCUUCGUCGCCGCCCCGUAUUACCCGACCCCUUACGGCGGUUGGGCCGAUGACUGGUCCGAGAGCUAUGAAAAAGCAAUCAAGUUGGUGUCGCAAAUGACACUAGCCGAGAAAGUUAACAUAACUGCUGGUACUGGCCGUUGUGUUGGAAAUACUGGCAGUAUACCACGAUUGGGGUUCCCGGAGCUAUGCUUACAAGAUGGUCCUCUGGGUGUGCGCACAACAGACAACGUCACUGCUUUUCCUGCUGGUAUCACUACCGGCGCAACAUUUAGCAAGGAUUUAAUGUAUGAAAGAGGUGUCGCACUUGGUGAGGAAUUCAAGGGGAAGGGCGCCAACUUCUACUUGGGACCAAGCGUUGGAGCCCUAGGAAGAAAGCCGAGGGGUGGCCGAAAUUGGGAGGGCUUCGGAUCCGAUCCCGUCCUUCAAGCUAUUUCCGGAGCCCAGACGAUCAAAGGUGUGCAAGAGCAAGGUGUCAUCGCUACACUGAAGCAUUUGAUCGGAAAUGAGCAGGAGCUUUACCGCAUGUACAACCCAUUCCAGCAAGCAUACAGUUCCAAUAUUGAUGACCGAGCGGUACACGAGCUAUACCUUUGGCCAUUCGCAGAAGGCGUCAAGGCUGGAGUCGGCUCAAUAAUGUCCUCUUAUAAUGCGAUCAACGGAUCUGCAGCCUCUCAGAACAGCCAUAUUCUGAAUGGCCUCCUGAAAGAUGAACUAGGCUUCCAAGGCCUUGUCAUGACCGAUUGGCUUGCGCAGAUUUCAGGAGUAGCGUCCGCUCUCGCUGGCCUCGAUAUGUCUAUGCCCGGAGAUACAAUUGGCAACAACGUACCGUUGUUUGGCUACUCUAACUGGAUGUACGAACUUUCACGAUCGGUAUUAAACGGCUCUGUACCUGUCGAUCGACUAAACGAUAUGGCUACACGUGUCGUCGCUACGUGGUAUCAGCUUGGCCAAGAUGAGGACUAUCCUCUUCCUAACUUUUCUUCGAACACGGCAGAUCGCGAAGGUCCACUCUACCCAGGUGCACUAUUUUCCCCGGUCGGUGUCGUCAACGAAUACGUCAAUGUUCAAGCCGAUCACAAGGUGGUCGCUAAACAAGUGGCUCAAGAGGCGAUCACGCUACUAAAGAACAACGGCAGCUUUCUUCCACUGUCAACUUCAGCGCCCCUCUUCGUAUUUGGCACCGAUGCUCAAGCUGACCCUCAAGGUAUCAACUCGUGCACAGACAAGAGCUGCAACCGAGGCUUGCUCGGUAUGGGAUGGGGUUCAGGAUCCGCGAACUACCCUUACAUAGAUGACCCGAUUAGCUCGUUCAAGCGAAAAGCAACCAACGUGACAUACUACGCUACGGAUAGCUUCCCGUCCGCCCCAGCGCCGACCGAAGACGAUGUUGCUGUUGUAUUCAUCACAUCCGAUGCUGGAGAGAAUUCGUAUACUGUUGAGGGCAACCACGGUGACCGCGACGAAUCUGGUUUGAAGGCCUGGCACAAUGGUGACGAGCUUGUUCAAAAAGCAGCCGCAAAAUACAGCAACGUUGUCGUUGUCGUCCACACUGUUGGCCCUAUCAUUAUGGAGCCUUGGAUUGAUCUCCCUUCUGUUAAAGCGGUCCUCGUUGCCCAUCUUCCGGGGCAGGAAGCCGGCGACUCGUUAACUGAGAUCAUAUACGGCGAGGCAUCACCCAGUGGGCAUCUACCGUACAGUAUUCCCGUCUCCGAGGACGACUAUCCCGAUAGUCUUGACCUAGUUGCCACGCCUCUCAGCCAGACGCAGGAUACUUACUCAGAAGGCCUGUACAUCGACUACCGGUAUCUAAACAAGCAGAACAUCAAGCCGCGCUUUGCCUUCGGUCACGGCCUAAGCUAUGCGUCCUUCAGCUUCUCCAACGCUACCAUCACCCGUGUGACGGAGCUGUCCGAAGUCCCACCGGCUCGCCCCUCAAAGCCCGCAUCUCCCGUCGCUAGCCUAAACACCACCAUUCCCGCUGCGUCUGAAGCGUACUUCCCAGCCAGCUUCGACCGUAUCUGGCGAUACCUCUACCCAUGGUUAUCCAACGGCGACGCCGAUGCCGCGUAUAAGAUUGGCGCGGCCGGCGACAAGAAGUACCCAUACCCAGUAGGUUACUCUGGCACGCAGAAGACAGACCUUCCGCCCGCAGGCGGCCCCAGCGGCGGCAAUCCCGCUAUCUGGGACGUCGCGUACACGAUCAAAGUCACAGUGACGAACAACGCUAAGGAGGGCACAACGGCUGGAAAAGCCGUCGCGCAGGCAUACGUCCAGUUCCCCGAGGACGCGGGCGUCGACACCCCCGUCAUCCAACUCCGCGACUUCGCGAAGACGGGAGCAGCGCUCGCGCCCGGGCAGAGCGAGACUCUGGAGCUGAGCCUCUCGCGCAAGGACGUAAGCGUCUGGGAUACGGUGCGGCAGAACUGGGUCGUGCCGAAGCCGGAUGGGAAGUACAAGAUCUGGGUCGGCGAGGCGAGCGAUGCUUUGUCCGUGGUGUGUUACUCGGAUAGCUUGGAGUGCGAGACGGGCGCUAAGAGUCCCGUUUAG